AUGAACUAAUAAAGUAAACCCAAAAGUAGAAACAGUAGAAUUUAAAAUGUUCUGCAUUUAAAUACAAAUAAGGAAAUAGGGCGGAAAAUACUCAUAAAUAUUUAAUGCUCUAUGGUUCCUAAAAGUUCAAACUUAUGGGUUGUAAGCGAAGUAUUGCAUAUCCUUUUUUAAACAAGUGAUGCUAAAGAUUAAUAACUGCUAAAAGAUCAAUUACAUGAAAAUUAUGUGAAUGAAGAAACUCAAAGAAAGGAAAUCUCAACAUUACUAAUAGGAUUUAUCAAGUUGAUUAGCAGUUUCUUCAUCGAUGUUGAUAAUACAUGUCAAGUUCAAGUCUACAAUGCAAGAAAAUUACAUAGUGUUAUGAGUUUUUUGGCUCACAAUUAUGAGCAUACACAUACAUUGAGAUUUACAACAAUAAAUUAAAAAUACAAAGCAAUAAUUUGUAUUAAUGUGGAACUGUAGAAGAUGUAAGACUUGAGUAAAGAUUUAGAUCAUAACUUUGAUUUACAGUAUUACCCUCAACACAGAGUGAUCAUAAAUGGUAGUUUAGGCUAGAAUAGAAUUAAAAUAUAGAUAACAUCAUGGUUUAUUUUACAUAGCGUUGUGUAAAAGUUUUAGCAAGACGUGAUAUUCAUUGAACAAUUUAUGAAAAUUCUAAUUGAAAUUGAUUAAUGUUGA